GAUUGGUGCCGGCAGCCCCUCAUCCCUUUCCAACCGGAUAAUAUCAUAAUAUACUUCAUGACUUUGUGGUCUGUAGGGUUAUUUUAAAACAGAUUGGCCAACUGCCACCACCAUGACCCCACGAACCCAGUAACCCACACGUCCCAAGUCCCAACCCAUUUGCUCUUAUCUAUAUUACUAUACAAAUCCCUCCUUUGCUUUCCUUAUUAAAUCCCUAUUGAAGAAAAAAGAAGAAACAGAGUGACUCCACUCCCAAUUUCUCUGUUUUCUCUUUGUUUUGUGUGAUCAUCUAUAACAAGCUCUUGAAGCUCUCAAGUUAAGGGAGACAUGGAAGUGACCAUGGAAUUGGAAGAUGAUGUGUUCUUCGCCGACUUGAGCAAGCAAAUAUCACUCCUUAUCAUGGACGACGAGGAAGAAGAUCUAACCACACUUUGUCCCACAGUUUCUCUCCAGGCUUUCUCCAAGGUCCACCAUCCCAGUGUGCACUCACCUUUGUUGUGGGAAACAACUUGUGGAAAGGAAAGCAAGGGAACAGGUGUUUUCAUUCCCAAGUCAUCUUUGCUCAGAAGGAAGAACAAGCAGGCAAAAUAUUCUUCAUUCAACUCCAAAUCCUGCAAACAGACAGAUAAAUCAAAAGCAGCUUCUCAUGUAACCUAUAGGAAUGACUCAGCUUGUAAUUCUUCUAACUCCAAACAGAGCUGCAGAAUAGGGAGAAACUCCAAUUAGGUGUAUACUUAAUUAAUUCCUACUAAUUACAGUUUAUGUUCUAAUAGUCUAAGUUCUACUUCUCCACUGUGUUUCUAUACAUUAGAAAUUUUUAAUUAAUCUAUUGAUUUGGGUUUAGGGAGUUUGGUUUUUCUUUCUUCACCCCCCCCCCCUUUUUUUUUCUUUCUUUGGGGAGGUUACCUAAGUGUUGCAUCUCUUCUCUUAUGAACUAUGUAUGGUUGUAAGAUUGGUAAGAGAUUUGCUUGUCUUCUUAUCUGGACCCAGUUGCAAUUAAUAAAUUUAAUGAUGAGUUUCUUAA